AUGUCACCACGCGCGGGGAUAAAUCCUCUGCAGACGACUGAAAUUUGUUGUAACACCCUCCCACCAAGCGGCAACCGGCAAAGAAUCCGGGCCAUUAGAGGGGGGGAAAGCGAGCCACGGAGGCACUCGGAGCACAGCGUAUUCGACGAAGGACGUGACGGCGACUCGACGACGACGACGACGACGUCUAAUCCAAAUCUAACCUCAAAAAUCAGCGGUGCCGCCGUGGCACACGGCACACGGCACAAAUGGCCAAUGGCAGAAGCGGCACACACGGCACAGACACCUUACUGCCAUAACGUCCGGAAUCGAAAAACGGAGAGCGCAGUGGCCGUCGGAGAAUUUCGUCACGGCACCAGGUCCAAGAACGGCACGCGGCACAAACGGCACACGGCACAGCCUGGCACAGGGCACAAACGGCACAGUCCAAAACGGCACACGGCGCCCGGCACAGUCGAGAAGGGGCACGGCUGGAGAACGGCACGGUCUGAAAAUGAGUGUGCGGUGAAUGGCACACGACACACGGCACGCACGUGUUCCGUGGCACAAGGUCCGCGGCACUCCACGGUCCAUGGCACACAGUUGGUGGCAAACGGCACACGGCACACGGCACAGGUCCAAAACGGCACAGUCGAAAAACGGCACGCGGCACACGGCACAGAGGCACGACACAGCCAUGUUGGUGCCAGAACGGCCAAAAUCGAAGGUUGGACGGGAAGUCGGUCGUUGGAAAUUCUGGAAACGGCACGCGGCACAACGGAACGCGGCACAAACGGCACAAUCCAAAAACGGCACAGGGCACAGUCAAAAACGGCACAGCUGAAAGUGGGUGUGCCGUGGCGGAACGCGGCACGCGGCACAGUCGCGGGGGACGGCACAGCACGAAAACGGCACACGGCGCACAAAGGCCCGCAAUAUAUG